AUGGAAGCAGUCCCGACGCCGACUGUGACCGAGCUUGUACAUCACAAGCAUUCGCAUCGCCGCCGAUCCUCAGCUUCCUCAAAUACCUCGACUCCAAACCGCCGCUUCAGCUCCCACUCCAUAUACGCCCGAUCUGUAAUGAGCAAACUCACCCUACCCCUCGACAACGCAAAGCAGCCAAACACCAACAACGACAACGACCUCACUCCCCGCGCCGUAUCCGCCGAGCCAAAAUUUCCUGCUGUUGCGCCUGCAAAGAACGUGCAGGCUCUCAAGGAGAGCGCCUUCCAAAAUGGCCAGCUGAAAGCGGUCCCGAAUCCAGUCAACCAACAGCACCACAAUGGGAGUUUGGUCACCAAGGAUGGCGUGGGCACUGCCUUGAGUGACACCCCACUGCCAUCGGUUCCGGGAAGUCCGCGGGACGCCCUAACCCGCAAUAGCUCCACCACAUCGACCCCGCGAUUACGGCCUACCACGCUCGAUAUCCCCGGCCUGACCAAGUCCAAGGUCUCCCCCGACGGCAAGAUCGCACAGCGAGAUGUCGGCUCCAAGCUUGUCAUCGUCAUGGUUGGACUGCCCGCGCGAGGCAAAUCAUACAUUACAAAGAAGAUGGCACGCUAUCUGAACUGGCUGCAGCACGACACCAAGAUUUUCAAUGUGGGAGAGAAGCGGAGAGUAGCUGCGAGUCACAGUGGAUUCAGGCUGUCACAAGCAAACCUCGAGCGCGUCUCCUCACACGUCAAGCAGGCCAUUGAGGAACAUCAAGACUCACUUCCGCAGAUCGCUGCGAAAAUUCUUAUCAAUGGCGACCCCGCGCACGAUGGGCCCAUAGACCCACAGAACAUGCCGGACCCACGCCGGGGUAGCACGGCCAUUGCGGAGGACGAGGACGGCCCACCAUUACCACCACCACGAGUCGAAGUCACAUCGCCAGGCCCGAAGGCGCCUUCGCCGAACAAUGAGACCGCAACGGAGGAGGAAGAGUCGAUGGACCAGUCAGCCGACUUUUUCGACCCACAAAACCAACGGGCAGCGGCUUUGCGUGAGCAAUGCGCUAUGGAGACUCUGGACGAUUUGCUGGAUUACAUUCUGAAGGGCAGUGGGUCUGUGGGCAUAUUUGAUGCGACCAACAGUACGCUGGCGCGACGACAACAGAUCAUGGAGCGGAUACGAGAUCGUGCUGGACCAGAACUUAACGUUUUGUUCGUCGAGAGCGUUUGCCGUGAUCAGAACCUCCUGGAAUCCAACAUGCGCCUGAAGCUAUCAGGUCCAGAUUAUGCAGACAAGGACCCGGUCGCAGCCUUGGCAGACUUCAAGAAGCGCGUUGCCAUUUACGAGAAGAACUAUGUUCCAAUCGGCGAUUAUGAGGAGGACAACAACAUGCCCUACGUCAAGAUGGUGGAUGUUGGCCGGAAGAUGAUUUCGCAUCAAAUCAAGGGCUUCCUUGCAGGCCAAGCCGUCUACUACCUCCUCAACUUCAACCUUGCACCGCGUAUGAUUUGGAUAACCAGACACGGCGAAUCAGAGGACAAUGUUGCUGGAAAGAUUGGCGGUGAUUCCGACCUUAGCGAGAACGGACAAAAGUACGCAAAGGCCAUGACACGCUUCAUUGCCGCACAGCGCAAAGACUGGGCCGUUCGACAAGCAGACAAGAUGGCCAAUACCCACUUCCCUCCAGUGGCAGGCGACCACACCCCUCCAAACCCCUACUACAGCCACGAGCUUGAACAACGCAACUUCUGCGUCUGGACCUCGAUGCUCAAGCGCGGUAUCCAAACUGGCCAAUACUUUUGCGACGAAGAGUUCGAACUUAAACAAAUGCGCAUGCUGGACGAGCUGAAUGCGGGUCUCAUGGAGGGCCUCACCUACGAAGAAAUCCGCAAAAAAUAUGCAGACGAAUACCUUCAACGGCGCCGUGACAAGCUGGCUUACCGCUACCCCGGCCCCGGUGGUGAGGGCUACCUCGACGUCAUCAACCGUAUCCGUCCUGUCAUCGUAGAGCUAGAGCGCAUGACGGAUCACUGCCUGCUUAUCACACAUCGGAGUGUUGCCCGUGUACUGUUGGCGUACUUCCAGGGCCUGAAGCGUGAGGAUGUGGCGGAUUUGGAUUGCCCGCUCGGCAUGCUGUACCAGCUUGAGCCUAAGCCAUAUGGCGUUGAGUUCAAGGCUUGGAGGUACAACAGUCAGACAGAUGACUUUGAUCAUCUGCCGGAUUACAAGCUGAGGAGGGGCGCGCCAAUGGCAAAUAACUAG